AUGUGCGUCAUGGACUACAAGUACCGGGUCUGUCCGUGUCUUCACCCCAGGUGCCCCCAGACCAACGCCAACGACCAAAUCGUCUACAUAGACGGGCGUGCCCACCACCUCGAUUACCCCUUUCCCUACAAGUAUGUCGAGGAGGGAAGCAAGGUGUGCGAUCUGGAGAGAUACCGAACAUUCAACCCGUGUACGCCAGCGAGCUCCAUAUGUCGCAACUUUGUCCCAGGGUUCCUGCACCCCGAGGUGAUUGUGGCAGACUCGCCAUGCUUGAAGUGUGUGUCGUGUUUCAACAUGCCCUAG